AUGAGGCUGGAGCGCGGACGGCGGGCUUCUCUGGCACUGACCCUCAACUUCGUGGCGUUCGCUUUCGCCCUGUCUGCCGUCACCACCAGCUAUUGGUGCGAGGGCACCCGGAAGGUUGCCAAGCCCUUCUGCACCGGGCCGCCCGUCAAGGUCAAGCAGUUUUUUUGUAUCCGCUUCAACAGCUCCAACAUCAACGACAGUCGCCUGGUGCAGUACAUUUUCGAGACCGGCGAGGAGAAGUUCUUGCUUAAGAAAUUCCAUACCGGAAUCUUCUUCUCCUGCGAGCAGGCUGCCGAUAUGAACGGCUUCGACUGUCGGGACUUCUCUGAGAUCGCGCCGGAACACGAACGAGGGGUGUUGUGGUUGUGCAUCGUGGCCGAAACCUUGUACCUGACGCUGCUGUUUGCGGGCGGCGCCCUGAUGACCUUGGAGCAGUGUCAUUGCUUCAGCGUCAUGAACAAACUCAAGCUGAGUGCCUUUGCCGCCAUGUGCACGGCACUGUCAGGCCUUUGUGGGAUGGUGGCCCACAUGAUGUUCACCACCAUUUUCCAACUGGCUGUGGCCAUGGGUCCGGAAGACUGGAGGCCCAAGACCUGGGACUACAGCUGGUCUUAUGCCCUAGCGUGGGGGUCGUUCGGCACUUGCAUGGGCUCGGCAGUGACGGCGCUCAACCGCUACACCAAGACCAUCAUCGAGUUCAAGUUCAAGCGGAGGAACAUCGAGAAGAGUCUACUUGUCAAACAGAAGCUGUUGGAGCUGGACCUCCCCGACCACAUGUGGUACCUGACGGCCGAUGCAGAGGCGCGGCCGGAAUUGGCGCUCAACGGUCACAAGCCACCCACGGGGUCUGCGUACGCCCUGGAAGUGGACCACAUGGUUGAGCUGCAAAAUGAAGCCUACUGCUAGAAAUAGAAAUGAGGGUACUCAGAUUGAAGUUGCCAUUUUUUUUAGGACUUGCUGGGCUAAAAUUGAUGAAAGACUCGACGUGGGCUGUGUUCAGAAUCAUUCACUCAGUUUCUAGUUGACGUGAAUCCACCAAAAAUUCAGAUGUGGUGAUUGGAGAGUGCGAAAAUGGUCAAAAUGCCGUAGGGAUUUUCUCAUUGUGGACUACCUGUAUAUAGUUCAGUCACCAGUCAAAUGAAAAAGCUUUGGAUCAACGUCUGCUGGUUGACCUUCCAUCAUAAAUAUUGAACAAAUAAAUCAAUUUUAAUGACAUGAUAU